AUGGAAUUGGACGAUCCUUCACAGCAACAACAGCAAGCAGAUGAUCAUCACGAAACGGAAUCCACAUGUCCAAAACAACAACACUCCGAAAAUCCAGAAAAGGACAAUCACGAAUUGAAAGAACAAAAGCAACAACCUACACCAGAAUCAGCAACAAUUGCAACGGAUCAUCAAGAGCAGACCAAGAAAAAGGAUGUGGCAAACAAGUCAACAAAUUCAAGUACCAGCUCCACCUCCAAAAUCGACAAGACUCCAAGAGUAGAUUCUCAACUUUCCAAGAAACAACAUAUACAACGGGAAAUGGAUGCGCUUACAAAGUCAGUCAAGGUGUUAAGAACUCAUUAUCAAUUAGUGGACAAGAUUGGCAGUGGAACAUUCAGUUCGGUAUACAAGGCUUUGGAUAUACGAUAUGAUACGUAUGACAACUCAUGGUGGGAUGUAUCAAAUCCAAGUUCGGACACAAACUCUGAGAACAUGGAUGAAACUGGAAAUACUCGACGCAAUAAAAAAGCUGACAAACAACAACAACGAUUUGUAGCCUUAAAACAAAUUUAUGCCACAAGUAGUCCAAAACGUAUGGCUCAUGAAAUCAAGAUUUUGCAAGAUCUAAGGGGAUCUUCUUGUAUAUCUCAGCUUAUUACUGCUUUUCGACACAAUGAAUUUGUAUUUCUGGUGAUGCCCUAUUUUCAGCACAAUGAAUUCAAGGAUUGUUAUCGCAAUAUGACAAUGACAGACACCAAAUACUAUUUAAUCUCUUUGCUCACUGCACUCAAGCAUCUACAUAGUCAUCGUAUACUACACCGUGAUAUCAAACCCAACAACUUUUUAUACAAUAUGCGUCUGAAAACUGGAAUGCUUAUAGAUUUUGGAUUAGCACAGUCAACGCCACAACUAAUCUCAUCCAAUGCUGGAAAGCCUCCCAAACCUCUGGCCACUAAAUCUAUGAACAAUGGGGAUGAGAAUAAAACAAGAAAGCCUGGUUAUAUCAAGAACGAUACACGGAAAUCUGUCAAAGCAAAUCGAGCAGGAACAAGAGGUUUUAGAGCACCAGAAGUAUUACUACGUGUCACUCAUCAAACUGUUGCUAUCGAUAUCUGGUCCGUUGGUGUGACACUAUUGUCCAUCCUUUCUGGAAGGUUUCCAUUUUUUAUUGCACAUGAUGAAGGGGAAUCUUUAAUUGAAAUAGCAAGUAUUUUUGGAAUGAAGGAAAUGAAGGAGUGUGCUGCUUUACACAAUCGAACAUUUGAAACCAAUAUUGAAACUAUACCAGCAGUACGAAAAUCUUUACAUAAGCUAUGUCAAGUAUUAAACACGGAAAAAUUCAAAUUGUGGACGGAGGAUAAUAAACAAAAUGUACUCAAUGCGAUGGACCUGAUGGAAAAGAUGUUGGCUUUAGAUUAUACAAAACGUAUCACCGCCGAAGAAGCUUUGAAUCAUCCAUUUUUAUCCGAUUCCCCCUUACCACCUUCCCUUUCUUCUACUUCCUCUUCUUUGUAA